CCCGUGGACCAGUACUGCAAAUAGCGGCCGCGUCUGUCUGUGCUCGCGCUUGUUUACAUCUUCUCGCACCUAGCUGUCAUUUUUGCGAUUCGCAGUGAAAUUCUCGUUUCUCAUGAUCCUAAGUUGCAAAAUGGAUUGCUAACAUAAGCGCGAACAUGCCUUUGGUCAAAUUUAAUUCCCCUACUUUCUGAUAAAUAGUACUAUUAUGGAUACUCUAUGACAGUGGCCUGCUUGCCUGCCCUACAUCAAAAAAUGUCGUCUUGUAUAAGCACUUUCCUCUACUGCAGUAUUUCAAAUAAAUUAUUCUGACUUUAAAUCAUUUCGCGACGAGUGUCACUUCAGGGGUCCAAAGGAUGGUUGCGGUUCAACUCUAUCUUAAGCUGACGUCAUGAAACCAAACUGUGAUGGCCAAACCAACUUAUCCUCGCCCGGCUCAACAUCUGGCUCGUGGGCCCCAUCAAGCUAUCAGAAACCCAUGGCUCGAAGGACCAAGCGCACCCCCAAGCCAUGGUCCAGGGCCUGGCCCGGGCAGUCAUUCUUCAGGGUCAACUACGUACGAUGGUUACAUGCCCGUCUACGACCAAUAUGCUCCAGAGCCCCCUCUACCGCAGACUUGGCGUCAACCUUCUGCUACGACCCCUGUGUAUGAGGUUCCGGAAGGAGGAGUUCAAGUGCCCCCUCCUUGUACACUCCCUCAUCGGAACACCUUAAGAAGGAGUGCCCAACCUUCAAAUCGGCCACUUACGCCAGGAGGGCUGUCACAGUUGUCGGGAAGUGCAGGAGCAGCUCCUGGCUGUGGGGAAUGCGAUGCUUUGGACACGUGGUGUUAUUACUGCAUUCAGGUAGUUCUUGGCAUUGCUGCACUGGCAGGAGUGUCGCUCCUGAUUGCCGCAGCUGUUCUAAGGGGCCAACGGCCACGGGCCGCAGCAUCUGCCAACUUGUCAGCCAUGCCCUAUAUAGGGGCUAUGUUGGCCCUUGUAGCAGGAGCAUUACUACUUGUACAGCUGGUUGCAAGGAAUGAAAAGAAGAAGAAGAAGCGACGUCUUCAGCAUUUGCGUGAACAACGAUCUGUACCCGCUGGCCUGGGGGGUACACUGAGACGCCCAGUGGGUGAUGCUGCUGAUUUAAUUCCGCUGCAAGAGCUUCACAAAUUAACAGCUCCAAGUGCUCCCACAGCUCAGAGCAGCUUCCCGGUAGGCCCGUCGGCUGGCCAUCUCACACAUCAGUUUCAGCCCCUUUUAUCAAGACCUAUGUUGAACCAACAACAGACUCAACGACCUCAAGACCUGCUGUCUCCAAGUGGGACCCCAUGGUGGCGCAGGCAGCAGGCUCAUCCUGGACGAGUGGUGUACCCAUCCUAAGGUGCCAAAACAAGUGAAGCUCUACCCAAAGACUGAACCGGAACAACAUUUGUGGGGCUUCGAAAUGUUUGUGUAUGUGAUAUAUCUUGUUUUGUUUAUCUUAAUUCUUAUCUUAUUUUUGACCUGAGAAGAAUUGUUAUUUUGUAAGACAUGCUGCAACUUGGCAAGAAAUCAUAUUUUUCUUCAAGUUUGAUUUUGAAGAAGAAAAUUGGAUGGACUAAAAUUAUAAGAGGGGGUUGCAAGCCGUUUAAAAUAAUUUGAUUUUGAUGUUUAAAUUAAAUAAUCACCAAACUAGUCAUAGUUCCGUUUGCUGUUUACAGAAAAAGUCAAAUUUAUUUCAGAACAAUAGUAACUUUCUAAUAUAUUGUAUAUUUUUUGAGCCUUGACCAUUUUUUUAAAGUUUUGUUAUUUGUAAAUAAUGUACAGAGUUUGUGGAUUAAUUUGUACUAUUUUGCUACAAUUAUUUUGUAUAAUAAUAAAAUUGACUGAGCUUAA